AUAAACCAUUGACUAAGUUAUAUAACAUAAACUUACUUAAGGAAGAAAUAAACAGACUAACUUUAUUCUGGUUGGGCUAUGUCUUUAUCGGGAAUUUUCAAAAAAGCAUCACAUUAUAUUCUUGGGUCUCAGAAUGAGUCUCAGCAAUGCCAGUUUACUAAUGAAGGGGAGAUCAUAUUCUGUAAGAACAAUGUCUGCGUUCACCCACCUACGAUGCUACGACAAGACACAGAUAUCAUCCAUCAUCCUGGCUACUUAACACUCACGUGCCAGACAAACAGUGUUACCAACAGACCAACUUUGAUGCUAGCAUGGAUACCCAACCAGGUGCUUCGAGGCAACCCUGCGACAGUGGAGCAACGUAGCCUCUCUGCUUCAAGGUGUGGCGAUAAGCGGAGACAGUCAACCGAAUCAAUUUCGACACCAGAUUCGUACAGACACAGUUCGGCUGAUAGUCUGGAGUCUCACAGCAGUGUGCCGAACAGUGAUUGGCUUAGAGAGAUAGAAAGUCGUCUGAAGCGAGGCAGCCUCUCAUCAGACAACUCCAUCAAGAGUCCAGAUGAGAACAAGCCAGAGUGUUGUGAAUCAGUGCCAAAUAUAGUGAUCGAUACUAGUCCUCCGUGCUCAUUAGAUAGUGUUAGUGAUACUUCAAUGUGUGAGAGAAGGAUGUCUGCGUCUAAGGAGAUGCCAGCGUGGAUGGUGUCGCCUGAAGUGCUCGCUCAGAGACACAACCUCACAUUCCCUGACAGCGCUACCGCCUCACCAGUCGUCCGGAGAGCCUACCGGACCUGUCGGAAGUUUUCUGUCGAUCUAAGUGAGAUGAGAUCGUUGCGAUUGUUCUUCAGCGACGCAUCGUCCACACAGGGGCAGCUGGUGGUUGCCUCGCGGCAGUGUCAGUACAAGAUCCUACACUUCCACCAUGGAGGGCUAGACAGGCUGGCCAACACGCUACAAGCAUGGAACUUGCUCACUGUCCAGAGUGACACUAGCAAUGAUGACGCACCUUACAGACACUUCAUGGUCUGCAGGCCAGCUGUCAGUGAAAGUGAUCUGCACCCUGAGGAAGGAACUGUUUCUCCUAUCUCAUCAGCUGAUUGGGUGGAAAUGCUCAACUGUGACGGCCAAUUGGAAGAUGAUGUUCCACUUAGAAAGGGAAUUUUUCUGGGUGGACUUUCACCAGACCUACGCAAAACUGUUUGGCCAUUCCUGCUGCAUUUUUACUCAUUCCAGUCAACUUACGCGGAACGAGAACACAUCUUACAGAGACGGAGGCUCGAAUAUCAUCAGAUUAAUUGUCGACGUGAAAGUUUGGAGGGUGCGGCAAGGGAAAGGUUCACUCGCAACAUUACCUGUGUCGUAGAGAAGGAUGUUGUAAGAACGGACAGAAGUCACCCGUACUACGCGGGAGACAGCAACCCUCACGUGCAGACCAUGAUGAGGAUCCUGUUGAACUACGCUGUGUACAAUGCCAGUCUAGGCUACACUCAGGGCAUGUCGGAUCUACUGGCCCCAGUGUUGGCUGAGAUUGAGACUGAGUCUGAUGCCUUCUGGUGCUUCGUGGGUCUCAUGCAGCGAGGCAUGUUUGUCUGCACUCCGACUGACUCGGACAUGGAGAGAAACCUGAAUUACUUGCGAGAACUGAUUAGAGAAAUGGUGCCUGAGUUUUACACACAUUUACAAAAGCAUACUGAUGCCAUGGAACUACUGUUUUGUCAUCGGUGGAUUUUAUUAUGCUUCAAGCGUGAGUUCCCUGAACCUGUAGUUCUGCGUAUCUGGGAGGCUUGCUGGUCCAACUAUCUGACUGAUUAUUUCCACCUGUUCCUCUGUCUUGCCAUUGUCUCUGCGUACGCAGACGACGUCAUCGCACAGUGUCUGCGCACUGAUGAGAUGUUGCUGCACUUCAGUUCUCUUGCCAUGUUUAUGGACGGAGAUCUCAUUUUGCGCAAGGCUCGAGGGUUGGUGUACAAGUUCCGAGAACGCCCUGUGAUACCCUGUACACUGGUAGGACUAUGUCAGCUGUGCGGCACUGGUAUGUGGGACUCAUCACAUGUCCCCACUGUCGUCUGCCGCGGCAACAGCAUCACACCGUGCCCCCAGGACCCAUGUCCGUAUCGAGGCAUCACCACCAACGGGGAAUGAAGACUGAUCUCAACAUAUCAACACUACCUUGCCUUCCAAGCCAAAUCAUUCCGUUUGAAAGCUAGUCACAUUGAACGUAACAUCACUACUGUACUUUCAUCUUCCUAGUUGAAUAUUUUAUAGUUUUAGUAGUAGGUACCUAUAACCCCUUAGGAAUUUAGCCAAAGAUUUUACUAAAAUAUUAAAUGUGCUUACUUGUUACCUGAAGUAAUAUACUAUCUUACCAACAGUUUUACGUUUCUCUGACAUAGUUCUUUCAGAUCUGUGUAGUUUUUAUCAACACUGUUACCAUAUCUUUGUGUUUUAUUGCUAAAAAUGUUUCAUUGUUAACUGUGAUAAUACAUGGUUUUAAUUGUUGUGAUCCAGAAAGUUUUACCAGUUUGACUGUUAUUUAUUGUAAUGUUACAAUUUAGGACAAACAGAUAGAUCAUGGAAAUGUUUUUUUAAUGGAGAAAGCACAGAAGAGACAAUAAUAUGUUGAAUUUUUUCUUGUUGCUUCCAAAAGCUAUUUGCCAAAUCUCCUCUGGUAGCAUACUAAAUAUAUUUGACCGUUACAUUUUUUGUUAACCCUCCAGUAC